UGCAAUGACCACUUGCAGAUUUUUGGAUUUUUCAUUUGGGGAGUGCUUUGCUUAAAAAUCUAUAAUAUAAAAGAAAACUUCCAACUCUAACUAACAUUACUGCUAUUGCUGUUGAUUCACCUUCUGCUGAGCAUCUCCCUUAUUCCGUUGCGUACACCUCAUGGAAGAACAUACACAACAAUCAGGACAAGGCAUUGUUCCUGGUGCUGUUGACUACAAGCACCGUCCUGCAGUCAGGUCUAAACAUGGACGGUGGAUAUCUGCUUCUUUCAUCAUUUGGGUGGAGAUGGCCGAGAGGAUUGCAAUUUAUGGGAUAUCAGGAAACUUGAUUAGCUAUUUAACAGGGAAGUUGGGGCAGUCAACAGCAAUGGCGGCUUCAAGCAUCAAUACUUGGGGUGGAAUAGCUGCGUUACUUCCAAUUUUAGGGGCUAUUAUUGCUGAUUCUUUUGUUGGAAAGUAUUAUACUAUUAUUGUUGCCUCUUUCAUUUACAUCUUGGGGCUGGGUUUGAUGACUUUGUCAGCAAUGCUACCAUCUUUUAAUUGUCUCGACCAAGAAACAGAUAGCAAGGGCACUCCUGGAUGUACCCGACACUCACAGGUAAUACUAUUUUUUAUUGCCCUUUAUUUGGUGGCUGUUGGGCAAGCUGGGCACAAGCCUUGUGUUCAGGCUUUUGGUGCUGAUCAGUUUGACGAAGAAGAUCCCAUGGAAAGCAAUUCCAAAAGCUCUUUCUUUAAUUGGUGGUAUUUUGGUCUUUGCAUUGGUGCUUUGCUAGGUGUUGGAGUCUUGAGCUAUGUUCAGGACAACCUUAGUUGGGAUCUUGGGUUUGGAAUUCCAUGCAUUAUCAUGGUAAUUGCUCUAGUGAUCUUUUCGGUUGGAACUAUGACUUAUCGGUAUAGAGUGAAAAGCGAAGGAGAAAGUCCAUUCAAAAGGAUUGGAAGAGUGUUUGUUGUUGCAGCAAGGAAUAGAAAUGCACUUCUUGUUGCUGGUGACAGAGGAGAGGCUGAUUUUGAAGAAAUCGAACCUCAUGAUGGAUCUCGACAGUACAGGUUUCUAAACAAAGCUUUACUUGCACCUGAGAUUGUAGAGUUAGGUGUCCGAUCUUGCAGCAAGAGCGAGGUUGAAGAGGCAAAGGCAGUACGUAGGCUGUUUCCCAUAUGGGCAACAACGUUGGUGUUUGCAAUUGUCUUCUCACAAGCUGCGACUUUCUUCACCAAACAAGGCAUUACAUUGGAUAGAUCACUUGGAUCUAAUAUUGCUAUACCAGCUGCAGCAUUGCAGUCUUUUUCUGGCAUCUGCAUUAUUGUCUUUAUUCCCAUUUAUGACCGUGCUCUUGUGCCAAUAGCCAGAAAGUUGACCAGAAAGCCUGCAGGCAUAUCAUUGCUGCAGAGGAUUGGAAUUGGGCUGUUUAUAUCCAUCUUUACAAUGUUAGUUGCUGCUGUCACAGAGAAAAAAAGGCUCGAGAUUGCUUCUCAACAUGGGCUGAUAGAUUUGCCUAAGGUUACAAUACCAAUGAGUAUUUGGUGGAUGCUUCCACAAUAUGCCUUGUUUGGAAUUUCAGAGGCAUUUACCUUGGUUGGCCUGCAAGAAUUUUUCUAUGACCAGGUACCUAAUGAAUUGCGUAGUGUGGGAUUGUCACUGUAUUUGAGUAUAUUUGGAAUAGGAGGCCUUUUAAGUAGUCUUCUUAUUACAUUGAUCAACAAAGCAACCAGUAGAAGUGGGGGAGAGAGUUGGUUUUCGGAUAACUUGAAUCGCGCACAUCUUGAUUACUUUUAUUGGCUACUUGCUGGUCUAAGUGUCUUAGGGUUGGCUCUUUUCGUGUAUUUUGCAAAAUCAUACAUAUACAAUAAAAAUAAGGCUCGCCUAUAGAAGGUGAUGGAAUGCUUCUUCCUGCUGUAUGUAAAUUUUAAGUAAAGUGUGAGAUGUGAAGUCAAGGUGUUGUUAUAUAUUUAAUGCUCUAAUCAUUUUAAUGCUUUGUGUAUUCUGUUGAUUCCCCAUGUGUGUAAAUUAGUAAAUGUAAUCGUGAUCAAUGCUGGAGUGUAAAUCAGACUUACAUUUUAUUACUAAUAUUGGCAUACUAAUUCAGAUA